UCCAACACCAUCGGCAUACACUGCGGAUACGACACAUGAGUAUAUUUUUGUUGUUGCUACUCUAUUUGUCACAAAUAAAAGCCUGGAGGCCAUGUGUAGAAUUGAGUCCAGCUUUGCGUUUACCCUGCAGAUGCAAUGUUGUUGCUUUUGGCUCAACGGGACAACUUGGUGCUGUGGCCAUGGAUUGUGAUCGUGCGGUAUUUCAUGGUGAAGCUCCUCUACUGCCUUACGGUGCUCCCAUUGUUUACUAUUCACAGCAAUACAGUGGCCAACAAAAUUUACCAACACAGCACUUUGGCAACUUAAAUCUGCCCAUCGAACAUUUGGAUUUAUCAUUUAAUCUGAUACGUCGCAUUCCCGAGAAGGCCUUCGAAGGCAUCAAAGACACAUUGACGGCACUGCGUUUAGCCAACAAUUUAUUGGGCGAUAGUUUAAAUCCAAUCUUUUCAACGGCUGAAUUUCAUCCAUUGAAGAAUUUACAGCUAUUGGAUUUAUCGGCAAAUAAAAUCAAAUCUAUUGAGGAGGGUUUGUUGAAGGGGUGCGGUGAAUUGAAGGACUUUUAUUUGGAUCGCAAUAGCCUAACAUCGGUACCAUCACAUUCCCUUAAUGGACCCAUGUCGUUGAAGCAUUUGUCCCUAAAACACAAUCACAUAACAUUCCUUGAACCCAGCUCUUUUAUUUCCCAACCCGAAUUGGAAAUAAUCGAUUUGCGUUACAAUGAAAUACGCGGUAUUGUUGGAGGUGCCUUCUAUGGUCUGCGUAGAAUACGUGAAAUCAAAUUGGCUGGAAAUAAUAUUGCCUAUCUAAACAGUGAUGUUUUUGAAGAUUUAGAAACGCUACAACGAUUGGAUUUAUCGGAAAAUUUCAUACAAAAAUUCCCCGAUGUUGCUCUGUCGGAAAUUGAACAUUUGAAAUUUUUAAAUUUGUCGUCGAAUAUGUUGCAGCGCUUUGACAGUAACCACGCCCAGGUUCUUACCUCGCUGGAAACAUUGGAUUUAAGCCGUAAUAGUAUUACCGCCAUACCAACUGGCACAUUCCGUGAAAUGAAGGCAUUGAAAUAUUUGGAUUUGAGUUUGAAUUCAUUGCGAACGAUCGAAGAUGAUGCCCUGGAAGGUCUGGAUAACCUGCAGACAUUAAUUAUACGCGAUAACAACAUUCUGCUCGUCCCUGGCAACGCUUUGGGUCGUUUAUCCAACUUAAAUGCUCUGCAUUUGGAUUUCAAUCGUGUCGCCGCUUUGUCGGCCGAAAUUUUAGGUUCCAUUCAGGCCUCCGAUAUACGUACCCUCACCCUAUCACGCAACGUCAUACGCGAACUACCCACCGGCAGCUUCCAAAUGUUUAGCAAUUUAAGGUCCCUGGAUUUAUCGGGCAAUUCUCUGGCAGUAAUUAGUUCGGAUAUUUUCCAAGGUCUGGAAUCUUCGUUGAACGAAUUGAAAUUAGGACAAAAUCGUUUGACUGGCCUCGGCAACACACCAUGGACCCUGACGGAAUUGCGUAGCUUGGAUUUGAGUCAUAAUAAUUUGGCAGAAAUACCCAAAAAUAUUCUGGAAGGUUUGCAGAAUCUGCAAUAUUUGAACUUGAGUGGUAAUCAUCAUUUGGCCCCCAUACCAGCUGCCCUGAUACGGCCCUUGGCUCGGCUGCAAAUUGUGGACUUUAGUUUUUGUUCAAUGAAGCAGUUGUCGGGUGAUUUGUUUUUGACUUUGCAGGAUUUGAAGCAGAUCUAUUUAAAUGAUAAUAGCAUCCAGGAGAUUAAUGAUGGUACCUUUAUGGAUCUUUGGAAUAUCAGUUCCAUCGAUUUGUCAAAUAAUCAAAUUACCUCCAUACGCCCUGGAGCCUUUGUGAAUGUUAUGAGUUUGAGGAAAUUGAGUUUGAGAGGAAAUCAGCUGUCAGCCUUCAAGGGAGAAUUCUUUAAUACCGGCACGGGGUUGGAAGAAUUAGAUAUUUCGAAUAACCACUUGAGUUACCUGUUCCCCUCAUCGUUCCGCAUACAUCCUCGCUUGAGGGUAAUUUUGGCUGCCAAUAAUAAAUUCAGUUUCUUCCCAGCGGAAUUGAUUUCCAGUUUGCAAUUUUUGGAACAUGUGGACUUAUCGCAAAAUCAAUUGAAAACCAUUGAGGAAUUGGACUUUGCCCGCCUGCCCCGUUUGAGGAUUUUGAAAGUGGCCCACAAUCAAUUGGAUAUGCUGAGUGAAAUGGCCUUCCACAACUCUACCCAGCUGCAGGUAUUGGAUUUCUCAAACAACAAUUUGGAUCGUAUUGGGGAGAGGACUUUUGAAGGCCUUAUACGUUUAGAGUCCCUGAAUUUGGAAAAUAAUAAAUUAAAUGAACUGGCGGAGGGUAUUUUUGAAAGCGGCAAAUUGGAGCUAUUGGAAAGUGUUAACCUGGCUGGUAAUGGGUUUGAAUAUGCCCCCCUCAAGGCUCUGAGAAGGCAAUUCUAUUUUGUAUCCUCAGUGGAUUUGAGCCAUAACAAAAUCACCGCCAUACCCAGUGAUGAUGAUAUGAUGGUGAAUAUAAAAAAUUUGGAUUUGUCUUUCAAUCCCCUUUCCAGGGAUGCCGUGAAACACAUUCUCAAUGAACCCAAAACGGUAAGGGAAUUAAAUUUGGCUGGGACGGGAAUUGAUCACCUCGAACCGCUGGAAACACCUUUCCUGCAAUAUUUGAAUUUGUCACACAAUAAACUAAAGGGUAUCGAACCCAAGGUCUUCGAACGUGCCACUUUGCUGGAGACAUUGGAUUUGUCGCAUAAUCUCUUGGAAAACCUAACAGAACUUUCAGAGGCCUGGCCAAAAUUGCAGGUUCUGCAGACCCUGGAUUUGUCGAAUAACAGCUUUGAAUUAGUCUCCCAGGGUGAUUUUGCCCAAUUGAAUGCCUUGAGAUAUUUGAAAUUGAACGAUUUGGUGAAAUGUACCCGCCUGGAAAAGAAUGCCUUUAAGGAUAUAACCCAUCUCUCAGCAUUGGAAGCCUUCAAUCUGCCCUCAGUGGGUUAUUUGGAUUUACAGGGCAUCCUGGAACUUUUACCCGCCUUGGAAAUGUUAGAUGUUGAGGUCAAGGAUACCUCAAUUGGCACAGAGCAAAUUCAACCCGCCAAGCAUCCAAGAUUACGUUCGCUGGGCAUACGUGGAGAUCGUUUGAAAUCCAUUUCCUCAGGGACCUUGGCUGGUUUAAAGAGUAGCGAUCUCACCAUAAAGUUGCAAAAUACUUCGCUGACAGCAUUGCCACCUGCCUUGUUGUUCCCCGUACCCAGAUCAUCACAUUUAACUUUGGAUAUUGAAGGUUCCAAAGUUAGUGUAUUGGUACCACAAUUCCUCAACGCCUUGGAGGAUCGUCGCUCCUCACUACAACUCAAAGGUUUGGCCAGCAAUCCCAUACACUGUGACUGCAAUGCCCGCGCCUUGAGAAGAUGGCUGCCCAACUCCCGCAUGAUCAACGUGGCAUGUCAUUCUCCAGCCUAUUUGGCUGGUAAGAAACUUAUUGAAGUUGGUGAUGAUGAGUUGACCUGUGAUCCGCGAAAAAUGACCUCCACCACCAUGAGAACCACUGCCACAAAUAUGCUCAAAUCCUCCUCACGUUUGGUUACCCGACCUGCCGUCACCACAACCGAAGAACCACCCAUGAUUAUAUGGAGUAUGGAACCCACCCAACCACCACCAAUGAAAAUUAAAACAAAAGCACCCCUUAUGAAGGCACCCAUUAUGACCAAUGAUGACACGCUGAUCAUUGGUAUUGUGGGGGGUGUGGUGGCCUUCAUAGCCAUUCUAAUUAUCAUUAUCUGUAUUGUCCGCUUACGUAUGAGCAGUAAUGAUUAUCAUAAUGGCCCCGCUGCCAUGAUUGGUAUACCACCCAUGCCAAUGGGUCCCGGUAGUGUACCACUAAGUUAUAAGGGAGCACCAACUGCUGCUGCGGCAGCAUUGUAUGCCGUACCUCCCUAUGCUCAAACCUAUGCCACAUUACCGCACAAAACUGCCUCCAUUCACCAGUCAACACAAAGUUUGGCUCAGCGUCAGCAACAGGUUCAGCAGGCCCAACAGCAGCAGCAACAACAGCAACAGGCUCAACAAACCUACUCGUCGCGAAUGUCAUAUUUCGGCGGUUCGACACCGCAAAAUCAGCAGGCUGCCGCAAAUCUUGCAAAUGCUCAACCCUAUAUUAUCUAUUCAGAUGAUAAAGCUUAUAGAUAAGCUU